AUUCCUGGCAAAGUAUUUGUCGUGGGUGUGAUUCUUCUCAUUUCCUUCAUUGCUUAUUCCUCACAGCUCUUUCUAUUUUUGCCUGCGUAUGGAUGGUGGACAUGGGAAAGUGCGAUGACUUUGUUACCCUUAAAUGCCUUGGUGGGCAUGGUGUUCUACAAUUAUUACUUGGCAGUGACAACGGAUCCAGGAAAAAUUCCCGCUUACUGGGUAAAUAAAGUUGCCUCUGAGGGGGUUACAGGCCCUCGAUUUUGCAAAUCAUGUGCGGUUUAUAAACCUCCCAGAAGUCAUCAUUGUCGCUACUGUAAACGCUGUGUGUUAAAGAUGGAUCACCAUUGUCCUUGGAUAAAUAAUUGUGUGGGCCAUAAUAAUUAUGGUCAUUUUGUUCGUUUCAUUAUAUUUGCUAAUACUGCUUGUAUUUACGUCUUGGUGUUGUUGGUAGCAAGAGUGCGCUAUAUUUUAAGCGCAAUCCGACAUUUCCAGUACGACGCUGAACCCAGUAUGACACAAGUUGUGUUUAUGGUGUUGAAUUUCAUCCUGGCUUUUAUUGUGGUAUUUUGUGUGGGUGUUUUAACGGUAUACCAAUUAUAUUGCAUGUCCAGAAACCAGACCAAUAUUGAAGCAUGGGAACGAGGUAAAGUAGAGACACUUAUAAAACGUGGCAAGAUUUUACCGGUGCAAUACCCAUUCGAUAUUGGACUGUAUCAAAAUAUUUGCAACGUGUUGGGUCCCAAACCGUUAUUGUGGUUAUGGCCAAAACAGAUGCAAGGAGAUGGGCUGUCAUUUCCUGUCAUUCAUGGUACAGAUCCCCGCUUGCCCUUUUAUUGGCCACCCAGGGAUCCUGAUGAUUUAAGACCAUCGAUUUUCUCAUCCAAGUAUAAACGUCAACAAGAAAAGCAACAGUUGCUAAGAGAAGAUCCUAAUGCAAUUGUCGAGGAAUCGGAAGGAUAUUAUGAUUCCGGUAGUUUUGUGACAGACAGUGAAAAUGAAUAUUCAUUAGAUGAUGAAGAGGAAGGGAUGCGAAAGUUGGUGAACAAUAACCUGUAUGAUCUAUCUGGAACUUAUUAUGAUGAUCAACCCACCAACCAAUAUAGAAGACCAAGUAAUCAUAGAGAUAUAUCAUCAGGCGAUGAUUCUGAUGAUGACGAUACUAUACCAUUAUCCAGUUUUACCACAAGAAAAAAGAUUCCUUCCUCCAAAGAAGAUUGACAAUCAUAAUAAUAAUAAAAAAGAGAGAGUAUUUGUAUAUAUAUAUAUAUAAAGUGUCGUUGUUGUUGUAUAUUUU